AGCUUGUUCUGUGCUACUGUUGAUCGGCGCAGGUGUUUUAUCAAAGAUGUUCCGUAGGAUAGUUUUUCAAAACCUUAUUUCGUGAUUGAUUGCCAGGGCUCUUGUGAAGUAGUUGAAGUGCGGGUCAGUGUUAAUGUUUUGUCAGGACGCUUUGGUGGUAUUUGCCCUUGACCGAUCCAGCAGGCAGCACGAGACACUGUUACGGCUUGAGCUCGGUCUGUGUCGUGGGCUGCGGCGCGAGCGCGUGCGCGCGAGUGUGCGUGUGCGUGUGUGUUUGAACAUGGAGAAAAUGUUGACGCGCUGCCUGUUUGGCCAGGAGGAUUAGCUAACUAAAGUACCGUCUGAACUUAAAAGUCUCUGAAAUGUCCGCAGGGGUAUUGAGUGGUGGAGCGCUCACUCUGUUUAUUAACUGUUUUAAUCAGGGCUCGGAGUCUCGCGCUGUGAAUUUCCAGGCAGUUUGACGGCUGUUUUGUUUUGUUUUGUGUUUUGUGUGUGUGUUUUUCUGGUCCUGUUGGUGAUUUUACAGGCAGCGCGCUUGUGGUGGUGUUUUUACUUUUCAGUACAUCUGUUUUGUGUUAAAUAAUGGCUCGGAGCAGAGCUGUCAGUGUGUUCACGUUACUAAUUUGGUCGCUAGCUCAGCGCUCACAGCUAACAGCGCCGUUUAGCCUUCAGUCACAUUGUUGAGGUUUUUUACUCCACUUUGCCUUGCAGUUUCCAGCUCGCGCGCCGUAAACACGCCUUUAGAAAACUCUUCAGUUUAACCUGUUGCUGAAGUGAACGCGUUUAAGAAAAGGUUAAAGAGCUAACGGACUGAGGAGAAGAGCGGAGCCGUUACCUCGGCGCUCUACAGCGCGGUGCUCUACAACUGUGUUUAAGUUCAGUUGGUCGAAAUCCAAACGGUUCCGCGCUCCCUUAUCUCUCUCUCUCUCUCGUUCUCUCUCUCUAUCUAUCUAUCUCUAUCUAUCUAUCUAUCCCUCCCCGCUCUCUCUCUAUCCCCGCUCAGACUCUUUUUACUCCUGCUCAGGCUCUCUAUCUCUCUCCCUGCCCUGCUCAGGCUCUCCAUACUCAGGCUCCCUCUAUCCCUAUCCCCGCUCUCUAUCUCUCCCUCUCUCCCUCUCUCCUCACCAUGCCCAGGCUCUCUCUCUCUCUCUCUCUCUCUUCUCAGACUAUUAGAUAAUCAGCUUGUACGCGUUUAAGUAGCGCGCUUUAUGCCCAAUAAGCAGCACGCGUGUUUCACUGCUAAUACAAUUAGAGACAGACUUAUGUUUAUAUCCCUGGGAGGAUCUAGAUUUCCCUCUCAUGACAAAUACAUAAGCAGAUAUUUGUGCUUUUGGGUUGCGUCGUUAUUAGCGUGGGACUCGAUCGUUUGCAAACAGGUCGUGCACUAGACUUUGGCAUUUAGCAUGAGGGUCAUAAAUCAGUGUUGGUGAAGGCGCCGCACAUGCUCGCUAUUUCUGGAGCAGAACUAGCAAACCUGCGGCUUGUGCUCGGCAAACACUUCAACACUAAUAUUUAUAUGUAGAGUUUGGAAUUAUACCAGUGUAGAAAAGGGUGCAUGUGUACAUGCACGCGCUCUGUUUCUCAGCCCGUAUGUAAGCAUUUGAUGUAUGAAUGAAUGAAUAAAUAUGAAUGUCUCGCCAAACAGUUGAAUGUUAGUGAGUCGCUGCAGGUAUUCCCAUUAAAGUUGCUAGGAUGGUCGUUGUUGUUGUGUGUGUGUGUGUGUGUGUGUGUGUGUGUGUGUGUGUGUGUGUAAACCCUCAUGAGUUAAUUCACAGAUCCCCAGCUCAGGUCCUGGAGGACCCCCUGUCCUGUAUAUUUUAAUGUUUGCUCUGAACACAUCUUAUUCAACUACUCAGCUCAUGAACAGGUGAAGUGGGUGUGUUGGAGCAGGGAAGGAAAAUAAAACAGUGAAAUGUGCAGGGCACUGUGUACUCCAGGACCAGGGCAGGGAACCUGUGAGUUCAUUGACAGAGGUUCGUUACUAAGCGGUCAGAUCAAUAUUAAACACUUAGUGACAUCUUGUGGUCGCAAAACUGCAGGAAGCGAUCAGAAACACCAGAGUGAGCGUGCUGAUUGGGGACAGACUGUGCAGCGGGUUAACCAAAGCGCGGUGGGUUUGGACCGAGAGCGCCAUGACUUCAUCCCGCCUUUGGCUGCGUCUCAAACCGCGUGCGUCUCGGACCGCGUGCUGCGACCGAGCGAGUGGUCUGGCAAAAUAGAAUGCCGCCUGUGGUAACCAUGGUAACGCGUGGUCCCGUUCCGUUUUGACCAUCUAUAAUGCACUUUCUCGUUUAUUGCCAAGAAAAACCAAAGUUUUAUUACAUAAAGAUUUCACUUGCACGGAAUAUGAUUUGGCAAUUGCUCCAUUAACACACGGAAACAAAGCAGUGAAUUAGUUACCAAAAGGGGGGCAAAAAGAAUAAAAUUCGAGAGGUAGAUAGGCCAAGACGAAUAUAUACUCAACUCUGCAGUGUGCAAUGUGUACAGAUGGUGUAGAGAAUAAAGUUCUGAACAUGUCAGUAUGUAUGUAUGUGCAACAUUCUAAGUACUGUAUCAUACAGUCUGAGAGAAUUUGCAUUAGAUGUGAGGAUGUAUAUAGGUAUAUAAAAAGUGCCAUGAUGACUUCUUGGAUAAAAGAUUGUUUGCAGAAGAAAAUAAAGCUGAAGGGCUACUGUAUAGUAGAAUAUAUUAUAUACAUCAAUAUGCCUAAACACUUCCCUGCUGAAAAACCCAGCUGAUUCUGAGCAGCUGCAAGAACGCAGGUCAGGCUGGUAGACGGUCUGAUCUUGACAAAAUGUCUUGCGCAGCAGACAGCUGCAUCCAGUUCACACGCCAUGCCAGCGACGUCCUGCUCAACCUGAACCGGCUGCGCAGCAGAGACAUCCUCACAGACGUCACCAUUCUGGUCAACAGACAGCAGUUUCGCGCUCACAAGACUGUCCUCAUGGCAUGCAGUGGGCUCUUUUAUUCAAUAUUCACUGACUCUCUAAAAUGCAACAUGAACGCCAUAAGUCUGGACCCGAAGGUUGACCCAGAAGGCUUUGCAGUCCUCCUGGAGUUCAUGUACACUUCCCGUCUCGCGCUGAAAGAGAGCCUCAUCAUGUCGGUCAUGAACACGGCCAUCUACCUGCAGAUGGACCACGUUGUCGACACCUGCCACAGAUUCAUUAAGUCCAGUGACUCCUCCAUCAAACUGCCCAGAGAGGAUUUCCUGGUCAGCCCUCUGCUUUUACCUCAAGAUGUUCACGGUUACAGGCCACAUGAGGUUGUGGAGAACAUGGCAGGACGAUCCGGCUCUUUCCGUGACGGAAGGCCUUAUGGUGCCAUAUUUACCGGAGUGAACACUCCCAGCAGCUCCUAUCAUAUUUAUAGCCAGAUCCCCAUGCAGGCAUUCCCUUUCCCCCUCUGUAAGCUGACAGACACCAAAAACACUUUUCCCGACUUUGCCAAAGGAGGCAUCCUCCAACACAAGCACUGCCCACCAGGCGACGACUUUGCACGCAGCUCCAACGCCAGCCACUCGAGCUCAUGCCACUCUGACGCCUACUCCUCCCGGGUGCUGGGGAGAAACGACGAAAUGAAAAGGGAGAGCUUGCAAGGCUUGGCUCAGUCCAUUGUUAUGAAUUCUAGAAAGCACGGACUCGCGAGCCUGGCCCAGGAGCAUCAGAGAGACGUGGGCAAAGAGCAGGUUCCUUUGGCUGAAGGCGAGCUGAGCCAGCAGCCCUACUCUGUGGGUAUGGCCUCCAGCGGGCACAAAGCUCUGAUUAGCAGCCCGCAGAGCCCUUUAAAAUCUGACUGCCAGCCCAAUUCACCCACAGAAUCAAGCAGCAGCAAGAAUGCCACACUCUCGCACGCCUCUCAGCCUCCGACUCCACAGGGCAUGCAGGACCCAAAGGCUCGCAACUGGAAAAAAUAUAAAUUCAUUGUGCUCAAUCAGAGCACCAAGGAGGAAGAGAGCAGCACUCAUGAACCUGAGAUGCGCUCACCCCAGAGGCUGGCUUUCCAUCCCUCACCUGAAUCUGAGCAGCCAGACAUGCAGCCUGCCAGCACAAAGAUCACUGAACAUGGAGAUGACUUCACUGUGCCCCAAGCCAGCCGCCUCAACAAUAUCAUUAACAGAAGUCUGGAGGGUACACAGAGGAAUGGUGACAGCCACUCUUCUCUUUAUCUGAGCCACUUAAAGUGCACAUCCUGUGGCUCACAGUCCCCCCAACACUCAGAUGUUUGUCCCAACACUCCUGGCUCGCGCCUUAAUGAGGAGAUGGCCGAGCUGCACUCUGAGUAUUCCGACUCCAGCUGUGAAAACGGUACCUACUUUUGUAAUGAAUGCGACUCCAAAUUUGCAGAGGAGGAAGUCUUAAAACGCCACAUGCUUCAGGUGCACAGCGACAAGCCAUACAAAUGUGACCGUUGCCAAGCAGCAUUCCGCUACAAGGGAAACCUCGCUAGCCACAAGACGGUACACACAGGUAAAGGAGAGAAGCCGUAUCGAUGCAACAUCUGCGGCGCACAGUUCAAUCGACCAGCUAACCUCAAGACCCACACGCGCAUCCACUCUGGAGAAAAGCCAUACAAGUGUGAGACCUGCGGGGCUCGAUUCGUUCAGGUAGCUCACCUGCGCGCCCACGUCCUGAUCCACACAGGAGAGAAGCCAUAUCCCUGCGAAAUCUGUGGCACACGAUUCCGACACCUGCAGACGCUCAAGAGUCAUCUGCGCAUACACACAGGAGAAAAACCUUACCAUUGUGAGAAAUGCAACUUGCACUUUCGCCAUAAGAGCCAGCUUCGGCUGCACUUGCGACAGAAGCACGGUGCCAUCACCAACACCAAGAUUCAGUACCGUGUGUCCACAGCAGAUCUGCCAGAUUUGACCAAGGCCUGCUGAACACACACAAACACACAAGGGCUGAACCACAGCAUUCUCUGAGCCCUACUUGGACAAUCAUCUAAAACUGUAGUGCCACACUGUGUUGAUCAGACAAGAAGAAAAAAAAAAAAAAUAAUCAAGGCAUUUAAUGCCAUUCUACGGGUUUCCUCUAUAUGUGAACAUAGAACCACAUAAGGUCUCUUGUCACUUUAUUGUUUAUAUUUGCAUAUAAAUAUACAGUAAUGUUGAGUGUUUUUAAGCUUUCAGUUAUUUAAAAAAAAAAAAAAAAAAAGCUUUAUUUUGUUGAAAAAAAGGAGGAUGGAAUAUAUCAAAGAAGUUACUUUUCGGAAAGUAUUGGAAUUUUAAUUGAAGGUUGGUAUAUUUUAUGGCAGCGUAAAGACUUGUGUCCAGAGAUUUUUUUUUUAUGUGUACAGGAUAUACCACACUAGAAUGGCCUCCUUUACAAAAUCACAUCUUGGCUGUGCCUCUAAUUGGGUUUUUUGUAUAUGAGAAUAAUGGCUGCUCUCAAAGUGUAAAACAUUGCAUGAGGUGGGUUGCUACUGGUUGACAUUCAUUAAAGUAAGAAACUGCAAAGAAGUGUGACAAUGCAUAGUUAUAUUCCCAAGAUUGCGCUCUGCUGGCAGAACCGAUCUUUAAUUAAAUAUUAAAAUAUGCAUUAAAAACAUACUGCUAUGGUACAACAGUUAUUUCACUUCAAUUGUGUUUGUAUAGAAAUGUGACUAUUUCUGUUAGCAAGUGAAGGUUUACAUUUUUGUCAUUGUUCUAGAAGCUACAGUAAAAGUUGUAUUACUGCGCUUUCUGCCCUCUUUAUGUAUACACACUGUGUAUUAAAGGUGCCUUUCUCAGUGGUGACUGAAUUGCUUUCUGUUACUCUGCUAAGGUACAACUGAAGGACACCACCUGUCCUAAUUUUUUUUUGUUUGUUUUUCCAUUUUGUGUGUGUACAUGGUUUUUUACAUGCUUUUCACCAGUUCAAAUUUCAAAGAGGAAAAAAAAAUGCAAAUUCAUUAUUGCUUGAGCUGUGCAUCUUUAGGACUCUUUUUUUUUUUUGGGAUUGGGCUUUUUCUAAAAUGCAUUAAGCUAACUGUAUAUGUGUAUGAAUGUAAAAUAAAAGUAUUGAAUUUCUAUGUACAA